AUGUUUAUGAUGUUUAUGAUGUUUGAAGUGAUUCUACAAGAAUGUUCAUUUUCUUAUAAGAAUGAAGUUAGCCUUCUCGAUAUUUUUAUUGCAGCCGAUGAAAUUCAAUUAUUUGAAAUUAGUCAACAAGUUGAAAAAAGCUUGCUUGAAAUUGAAUCAGCUUGGAAAUUUCCCGAUGAUUUUAUUACAAUAUAUAAUGAUUUAACUAAAUGGACGCAAACGGAUUUCGAAGAACUUGAGAAAGUUUUACAUAAUUGUAUUUCUCAUAUUAGAUUUUAUGAAUUAUCAUUUAAUGAACUUCGUUUAGUUGAAUCUCAAUAUAAAAAUAUUUUACCAAAUAACCUUCUUGAUGAAACAUAUCAAUAUUUAUCAGAUCCCGACAAACGGGAUACUUUACCAAAAAGAGUAUCAGCUUAUCCUUUUAAUUCUGAUAUUAUUGAUGCUAAAGAUGCAGCAUUAAUAGCAAGUUGGAUCGAUAAUAAUCAAGGAAUGCCUUAUCAUUUUAAAAGUAUUCCUUUCGAAUUUAAGCUUAUUUAUCGUGCAAAGCAUGAAAGUUUUACAAUUCCCAGAUUAAGUCAUGUCUCUUCUAAAAAAGAAGCUAUUGUUUGGUGUAAGGCCAGAGGACCAUGUUUUGGUUUCCAGGAUUUGUGGAUAGAACAUAAUAAUUCUCAAAGAUUUGCUGUUGGUAAAUGUAAACGAAACUCUUAUGAGAAAAGAAUUAUUAACAAAGACACUUUUGAAAUAGAAGAAUAUGAAAAAAUAUUUGGAUUUAUAGUGUCAAUGUUUAAGAAAAUAUUUGGAUUUACCGUGUCAAUGGUUAAAACAGUAUUUGAAUUUCCCAUGUUAAUAUUGACGAAAGUAUUUGGAUUUAUCAUUGAAUUUAUUGGGACAGAUGCGUGUUGUUAUUUAUUUUGGGAUUUGGUGAUCUAA